AUGUCGGUUUAUCCAGACAACCCCAAUCGUGAGUCGAGAGUGAAGCAACUCAUCACUCAGACAAGCACGCUGCAGUCAUCAUUUGUGGAUGUUGAAAAGCAGCUCAAAAAGAUCACCGAUGAUACUGAGCAAGUGGUCAAUGAACUGUCUCAUCGUGCUGGUUACCCCAGUGUUGAACAGUACAUUCAAGCUAGCAAGAAUGCGCUGACACCAGCACAAAAGGCCAACUAUCAGGCCAUGUGCGAUUCGUUGGUGGCAAACAACUCUCCACUGAAAAACUCCCAGCUCAUGUUUGGGGCGGUUGGUGCAAUUGGUUUCAUUAUGAAGAUGGGUGUACCCAAAAUCGUGUCCAUCUACUGUAAAUUCAGUGGCUUCGUUCACGGCAUGUACGGUAUUCUUCGAGGACUCGUCCUUAUGUUCAAAGGUGCUUUCCAUGACGGUUGGACCAUGAUCCGGACUUUUGCGACCCUCAUCAAGGGCAACUACAGUCGGGCCAUCCAUGUCGGCGAAGACAUCACCACCAAGACAGCAAGCUCUCUUCGAUGGUUGAACCGUGCUGGCAAGGUCCUUCAGUGGGCUGGUAUCUUUGCCGAAAUUGGCAUGUUCAUCUACACCGUUGUGCAGGGUGCUGCAGACAAGGAAAAGCUUCAAGCAGCAAUCAUCGAGUGUUGUUGUACACGAUUCGGUGUGAAGAAGAUUCAAUUACUCAUGAAUCAGACACUUACAUGGACUUCCAAGGUUGCGGGUAUUGUGACAAGCAUGAACUUCCUCCAAAAGAAGAUGGAGAAGCAGAAGCAGAACCCCCCUGCUAAAGCAUCCAUGGUUAUUACAGAAGAUGAUAUCGCUGAAGAAAUGAGGACUGGAGUGGAUGAGCUUCUGACGAAAUUUGAUGACGAACUUGGACACUGUAAUCCUGACGAGGUGGUGUUUGGUGAACUGGCGCUUCUGGACGAUGACAAAUCUUCAGGCGAAAAGGCAUGGACUGUUGAGGAUCCAAGCCUGAAAGAGAUGAAAGAGUGGAUCGACAAACAUCCUUUGAAGGAUGACAAGGGCAACCCAAUUCCUAUCGAGGGACCUGCUUUCAAGGAUAUUGGGCUCAAAUGGGCAAAUUUCAAGGUCACGGCAGCGAAAGAAAGUUCCCAGGCUAAGUUUGUUGGCGAAAACAACAGCGACAAAGGCCAGCGCUUCAAAGCCCUUCAUAUCAGCUUUCCCGUUGGAGAUGCAGCCCCAACUGCGCUCUUUACUGGAAAAAACUUCAUCCAGAAAGGUAACACUACAGGCAAUGAUGUCUCUGUCGAGAUUUCGGGUGUCGGCGGGGUUACAGGAUUGGGUCAAGACUUCACGCCACAGUUCAAAGAGGAAGACAACUGCAUCAAGAUUAACAUUCUCCCUGCAGCGGGCGCUGAAUGCAUAACCCUACCUUCAAAGGCAAGCAUCAAUGUUUUGUUCACUGGAAAGACUGGAAAUGCCGGAUCUACUGCGUGCUUGGUUCGAGAGGAAUGGUUUCCUUUUGGAGACAAGAGCUGGGAGGAUGUCAUUGUUGACAAGGCUUAG